AUGGGCGUCCCGAAGCUGCUGGCAACCUUGACGCCGUACGGCGACCGGCGACCAUUGGAAGCAGAGCAGGUCGUUAUUGAUGGCCCGGCUCUCGCAUACCAUGCAGCGAGUCUCUGCCAAGCAGUCCCCCAGCCAGCCGCAGCGUUGAGCCAUACGUUUGACCAGGCGACGAGCAGCCAGCUGGGCCAGGCAGCGUUGGUGUGGUUGGACGAACUGCGCGGCCGUGGAAACACAAUAUCGGCCUUGUUUUUUGAUGGCUACCUUCCUCGGGCAAAACGGCCCACGCGGUUGGAGCGGACCUACCGCACAUCCAUGCAGCUGAAGGAUAUCUUCGUAUCGUACCAGCGUGAGAUGCCCGGCUAUGAGACGGGCGCAUGCCGGACGAUCGGUCGGCUGCCAGCGCCGGCGUUUGUGGUCCCUGCUGUUCUGGACGCCCUUCGCCGCUCUCCCGUGUACGGACCGAUGACCAGGUUGGUACCAGGAGAGGCAGACACGUUCUGCGCUCAGCACGUGCGGACCAAUGGACGUGGCACCGUCAUCACAUCUGACUCAGAUCUGCUUGUGCAUGACCUGGGUCCGGAUGGCAACGUCGUCUUCUUCCGGGACAUCGACCUACGGAGACCAGAGGCCGGUGGGCCACAGGGUCUGGUUGUUCCGGUAUUUUCGCCGACUAUGAUCCGGUCCAGACUGGCCCUCAGUCCUCUGAACGGCAUGCAGGCCUUUGCCUUUGAGCUAUUCAUGGAUCCACAUCUAUCGAUUAACGGACUCAUCGAGCGAGCGAGACAGCAAGUGGCCGUAACCCGAUAUCCGGAAGAGUAUGUGAAAUUUCUGGAGCAGUACGAUACGCCAGGCCUUCUGGUGGACUCUGCCAGGCAAUACAACCUAAACGGCCUCGAUCCGAGGAUGUCGGAAUAUGUCCUGCAAUGUCUUUUGCCACCCGGCUGUGAAGCUGGGGUUAGUGGUGGCCGUCCAAGGUCUACCGAUAGUACACCGGACGACAGCAUUCUGAUAUUUGUCCCUCAAAUGUUGGAGUCUUGGACGCGGGCUAGUUCAUGGGAGAUUAGUGCACCUCUUCGUCAAUGCGCAUACGGACUACUUCAAGCUGUAGCAGGCCGAAGAAUAUUGGCAGUUCGCGAGUAUACGCGAAUGGCUUCGAUGGCCUCGUUAGGAGGUCAGCUCCAGCUGCCGUCUGCCCUCGAGAUCACUGAGGCUGUCGGCAGGCUGACGUCAAUAUUGCGCCAAAUUCAGACACGGGUCCAAGAGCCGUCUCUAUGGUGGAUCGUACUGUCUUCGUUCCAGGACAUUGAGUGGUCCCGAGAACAGGCAAAAGAAUCAGUUUGCUUGACAGUGCUCUGCAAGGAGACACCGGCAGACGGAAUCCUGCAGCGGCCGUCGUGGAAUGCCGCGCAUUGGAUCGCCCAGAUUAUGGGCACGCUGUACUCGCUGCGGAUUCUACGACAGCUAGUAGAGUUUGUCGGCCAGGACGCGGGAGAGAAGCACUGGAAACAGGCGACGUCUGGACUGUCAGAGCUGCGGGAACUGCUGUCCCUUGUAACCCCUCUUGAGGAGUACCCUUCACUCCGGACUCUUCAAUACCUCCCUGCAAGGCUGCGCGAGUCUGGGGCACUAGACCUGAUCUCUGAAAUGGCCGGACUGCCAAGCCCAAUUGACUUCCUGCCCGGGACACGAAGGAAAAGAUCAAACAAGAAGCGAAAACGGCUAUCUCAACCGUCGACGAUGGACGACAGGCCGCCCUGCCCGACGCAGUCAAGGAACCUCCCAAGACGCCUCUCGCCUCCGCCCGUCACCCAUGCGUCCCGCGUCCCCUUCGACAACAUGUAUCUGCCACGCUCACUGAUCUCAAAGCUGUAUCUGCAUCUGCAAAAUACGUGCCACCCACUCUCUCCACCCGUGCUACUACUGGUGGCUCUCGAACCUGACGCCCUCUGUGCCUGCCGGGUCCUCACGAGCCUGCUCAAGCAUGACUACAUACCGCACAAGAUCCAACCUGUGGCCGGCUAUGCGGAUCUGGCCCGUGUCGGCCGCGAGCUUGUGGCUCCCAUGAUGCAGACACGCGGUGGCAACGGUGGUGUCGUGAUAUGUCUCGGCGUCGGCGGCACCGUGGACCUGGCUACAUUCUUUGGCCUGGAGACAGACGACGAGCAGUCGGCCGGCGGCGACCUCGCCUAUGGUGGCGUCGAGGUCUGGAUCUUGGAUGCCCAUCGGCCGUGGAAUUUGAACAACGUCUUUGGCGGGUUUCCGCUUGAGCCUGCAAUCGAGGGCCUGGACGACACGGCGAGCUCCCGGGCGCCUCCUGGCGUCAAGGGUGGCCGCGUUGAGCGCGCCUACAAGCCAGGCAAGGGCGGCCUCGUGGUCUUUGACGACGGCGACGUCGAGGAUGAUCUCGACGCGGAGAGGGAUGCAUAUCUGGCUCUGGCAGACAUGCCUGAGGUCGACGAGGACGGAGACGACCCAGACUUGGGAGCCAGCGACACCGAGAGCGGCGAAGACGGUGACGUCGAAGAGGAUGUUGAGAGCGCAGACGGGGAGGCAGAGCCAGCAGCACGCGCUGGACAGAAGCGCAAGUCUCUGUCGGACCAUGACGACGAGCCGGACAGCGAGGACGACAACCGCCCGGCACAGAGAAGAAGGAGCAACUCGUCGAGUCCGAUCGCACUACCAGCACGUCCAAAAUCACGGCCACUGCUCGUGCUACGAGGCCCGCCGCCAAGAAACGAUGUCGAUCCCACCGAAGCCCCGCAACUGAAGCUGCCGGUGCGGCAGACGAAGAAGGCGCCAUCCGCACGCACACUUCGACGCCGCCUUCUGCAGCUGAGGGCGCGCAACGAGGCCGUGCUGCGCAAGUACUAUCGCAAGGGAGCCUCGUACUCGGAACCGAUCUCGUCAAUGGCAUACUCGCUAGCGUCAGAGCUGGGACGUGAGGACAACGACCUGCUGUGGCUUACCAUUGUGGGGGUGACAUCGAUGGAGCUGUACGGCCGGUCGUCUGCCGGUGUGGCCGUGAAAGUGCAUGGGGCCGAGAGCAUGCCAACGGCAGGAUGGAUGGGCAUGCGAGGCGCACGGAUACGACAGCUUCUGCGCGACGAGGUGCGGCGGUUGAAUCCACCAGAGGCCGGUAGCGGAGGAGGGGGUGGUAACAGCGGUAGCAGUGGUGCAGGAGGGCCAGGAGGCGGACGGAUGGGAUCGCCAGAGUCAGCAGGUGUCAUUCCGACGACGGCACGCAGCCCGGAAGACACGAGCAUCCGGCUGUCGCCCGAGCCCAAGUUUCUGCUGAUCCGGCACUGGAGCCUGUACGACAGCAUGCUGCACUCGCCAUAUCUAUUCUCGCGACUCAAGAUGUGGAGCGAGACCGGACUGAAGCGGCUGCACAAGCUGUUUGCCAAGAUGGGCGUCAGCCUGGUGCAGUGCCGACAGAGCUACGCGCACAUGGACAUGAUGCUGAAGCGGGAGCUACGGGUGAAGCUGCUCAAACGGCAAGGACCGGGGCGGGCGGGCAAAGACGGCUGGGGCUUUGUGCGCAGUUGGGGAUGGCGAGCGACGCUUAGUGCACAGGAUGUGGCCGUGGUAAUUGGCGCGCUGCUGGAGGUGGGCAAGAGCCCAACGGCGGCGACGACGACAGUCGCGAUGGGGUCGUCGGGAAAAUCAUCGUCUGAUGGCGGUCCUGGGACAUCGGACGAUGACAUGGCGAUGUUGUCCGGAGAAGAGGACCCGUCUGAGGAGUGGGUGCCGCGAUUCUGGGAGGCGUAUGAUGCGCUAGAGAGUAUCGAGUCGCUCAAGGAGGGCCUGCCGACCGCCAAGUUUCUGCACCGGGCGAUCUUCAACACCGGGUCAGCGCUGAUCAAGAAGAAGCAGAUCACACACUUGCACGCAUUCCGGAUGUGUAUCGUGAAAGAAGGUCCGGACGUGGGCGUGUUCAACCAUCCGGGAGCUCUGACAAAACUGGCGCUGUGGGUGGGAGAGGCGCUGGCAGAGCAGGAAAAGGACGCGACCGGGCGGCUGGCACACGGAGGUCGAGGAACGCCGCUGGUGGUGGCGUCGCUAAACGAGAAGCGAGGAGUAUAUGUGGUGGUGGGAACGGGAGGAGGUGGAGGACCGGAUAUGUUGGCACAAGGACGACAAGCGGUGCAGAAAAAGCAGGAGGAGCGGGCAGCCAAGACGAAGCAACGGGAGGAGAGGCGCGAGGCACGACGGGCGCAGCGGGAAGAGGCAAGGACGAGGCGGAAAAAAGAAAACGAGAACAAAGAGGCCAACGACGAUGUCGAAGACGAAGACGACGAAGACGAAGACGAAGACGAAGGCGACGAAUCGGAGGGAUCGGAAACGGACUCGGACUCGGACUCGGACUCCGGGCUGGCGCUGGACCAGGCAGACAGCAAGAGCUUUGGGCUGAAUCGCUUUGGAACGGCCUUCCAGGAUGUCGUGGCAGAGACGAGUGCGCGCGUGCGCAUCGACAGCUUUGAGCAUUGCGUGGUGGAGGUGAAGAAGGAGGAUCUCAGCGGAUUUCUCGAGAGUCUGAGCAUGAAGGCGGUGGUCGGCUGA